AUGCGAACGUUGUUUCGGGCUGGUGAUUCGCAAUUGCUGCGAAAUAUUAGUAAUUGGCUCACAGGUGCAGCUGGUGACUGGUAUUUACAGCUUUCUCAAAGUCAUCAUUUGCCGGAUAUGUGGCAUGAGUUUAAAAAGUUGUUCUUGUCUCGUUUUCGUAGUCCUGAAAGGAUAGAGGCUUUGAAAAUUGAACGUAGCCGUUGCGUUCAAAAGGAAAAUGAAACAGCAGCUGAUUUCUAUCAAAGAUAUUUGGGAUUAAAUUUGGAAAUUAAUCCAAAACCCAAAGAAAAUUUUUUAAAAAGAUAUUUUCUUCGAAAAUUGAGACCAGAACUUGUUCUUUGGAUGAAGAAGAAAUUCAGCGAUCUCUGCCUAAUAGAUGAAUUUCUACGAAUUCUGAUUACGAUAAGGAUGAAGGAAACCCUCAGGAAUUUACGACAUCGUUAA